AUAUAAUAUAGUAAAAUAAGCGGGGCAAAGUGAAAAGUUUAAUCCGUUUUAUAUGUGAGUGUUAUGAGUUUGCCUUUUCUUCCAACCAACGAUGGCGGAUCAUGACGCGGAAAUCCUGCGAGAGCUCGAGACUCUUAGCAGGUCGCUCUCCAAGUCCAGUGCCUCCCGCCGUGCCGCCUCCCUCGUCCUCCCUCGCUCGUCCAACACAGGAUCUGCCGCAGGCGGAGCUCGGCUCGUCGGAGAAUCCUCUCGUUAUGAGCUCGGCAGCCAGUCCUCCCGUCGCCAGUCUCUGAUCUUCCCGUGGAGCGUGCGAGGCCGGAAAACCCCGCACAGCGAGAAUGCCGGCGGCCGCGCGCCUGAGAAGAUCGCCCAACAGACCGAGGACUCAGGCGAGAGGCGCCGGGGGAUAUGGAACUGGAAGCCGGUGCGCGGCCUGGCUCGACUCGCCAUGCGCCGGGUGGCUUGCCUCUUCUCCGUCGAGGUCGUCGCGGUCCGGCACCUGCCGCCCUCCGCCGACGGGCUCCGCCUCUCCGUCUCCGUCCGGAAGAAGGAAACCAAGGAGGGGUCCUUGCAGACAAUGCCCUCUCGGGCGGCUCAGGGGAGAGCCGAGUUCGAAGAGACUCUGUUCCUCCGGAGCCACCUCUACUGCAGCGGCGGAGCCAGCACCGGGAAGCCGCUCCGAUUCGAGCCCCGCCUAUUCCUGAUCUCAGCGAUCGCCGUCGACGAGCCGGGCCUCGACUUGGGAACGAGCGCCGUCGACUUGAGCUCCCUGGUCAGAGAGUCCAUCCAAAAAAACUUGGAGGGGCACCGCGUCCGGCAGUGGAACGUGGCCUUCCCGCUCUCCGGGAAGGCCGCCGGAGCAGAGAUGGCUCUCGUGUUGGCAUUUCAGAUCAUGGACGACGGAGGCAUUGGCAUCUAUAAACAAACAGCGCACUCGCCCAAAUCAAACAGUGGCAUCGCCAGAGACGACGUCGAAGCAAGCAAACAACCGAUCUUUGAUCGAGAACAAGAUCUUGACCUGCCAGAUUACGAUGUCGUCGACAAGGGAGUAGAGAUAGUAGCGUCGGAGAACGGCAGCGAGAGGACCUCAAGCGCCUCGAGCGAGGUCGUCAAAGAGGUGGUGCAUGACCGCGCUCAAAGAAGCAGAGCGAAGGAGCUUCAUUUGAUCGCUAGGGAGAUUAAAGAGCUCGAGAUGUUGAUAAUGGCGGAUGCUCCGGAGACCAGAAAAAUGACUCAACAACCAAAGCCCCAAAGAUUGGACACGGAGGAGGAAUCAAUCACGAAGGAAUUCUUCCAUCUGCUCGAGAUUGGAGACGACAAGAAGGAGCUCAAGAACGGCGAGCACAAUCUCGCCGAUCUUAGUCCAAUCGAUAACCUCAUUCCAGAUCUCGGAAAGAACUUGGGUUGCAUAGUUCAAACAAGCGACGGGGGCUACUUAGCGUCGAUGAAUCCUUUCCAUGCGCCGGUGUCAAAAACAGAUACCCCGAAGCUUGCCAUGCAAAUUUCCAGAGAGUUGAUCGUCGGAGACGACAAGUCGGCGACUGGGUUCCAAGUGUUCCAGAGGCUGGCCCUGUUGGGACCAGAAGAACUGUGUUCCAAGCUGCUGUCCUUGACAGCCAUGGAGGAUCUGACGGGCAAGACAGCAGAGCAGAUGGCGUUCGAGGGCAUCGCAUCUGCCAUAAUAAGUGGCCGGAACAAGGAAGGAGCGAGCUCCAGCAUGGCGGCCAGGUCGAUCGCGGCGGUCAAAAAGAUGGCUGCAGCGAUGAACAAGGGAAGAAAAGAGAGAGCUUCGAGUGAGGAAGCGAUGACUCUGGAUGAAGUCCUGUUCGUUGCCCUGCAUAAGAUGGAGGCCAUGGCCGUGGACGCCCUCAAAAUCCAGGCUGACAUGAGCGAUGAAGAAGCUCCCAUGGAAGCUCCACCUUCCGAUAACACUCUAAAUUUGGUCCUUAAACAUGAGGAUUGCUGCAUGAACUGCAGCAGAGCUACAAUUGUAGUGGUGAUUCAACUGAGAGCUCCAUUGAGGGGGUACGAAGCAGUGGGGGCUCCCAUGAUAGCCAUGGUGCAAGCCAUGGCAGAGGAUCAGCUGGGUGAAGUAGUGGAGGAGGAGAGGAGCUUCAAGUUGGAGAGUGUUCAUGUGGGAGGGCUCAAGUUGGGCUCCAACAGUAUGGCGACUGCAUGGGAUGGAGAGAAGCAGAGGUUGACGGCCAAGCAAUGGCUAGUGGAGAAUGGAGCAGGGAAGGCAGGAGGUGGGAGAAGGACGAGGAAGCAGCAAGCCAAGAGGAACCAAGAUUUCAUGUGGAGCAUUUCUUCGAGUUUCAUGGCUGGUGCAUGGCUGAAGCACGUCAGAAACCCAAAUUUAAUCACAAUUUCCUCCUAAUGAAUGUCCUAUGACUGAGUAAAACUCAUUAAUGUUAAUGUUUGAAGACUCUUUCCAUAUA